UUCACGCUUCUCCUCAUUCCUCUCUUUUUCUCCCUCUUUCUUUUUUCUCCAGCCUUUGUCACCAUGACGAACACCUCGUCUGCCACCUCCUCUGCGGCUGCUGCCGUCUCUCCCCCGGCUGUGACUGUUGGUCCGUUUUUCCAUCCAUCUCACUGUACGCAUGUCCAGGGCACCACCCACUGCACCUGUGACCCCGGAUACACCAUCUCUGGGCGUGACGGCACCUCUUGCAAAGACAUUGAUGAGUGUGAGUUCUUCCACAUGGGUCAGGCUGGCCGGCUGUGUUUACAUGCCUGUGUUAACAGCCCUGGAGGCUACCGCUGUACCUGUCCUGCUGGAUACAAUCUCACCCGCGACGGACGCAACUGCAAAGACAUAGAUGAGUGUGCCACCAGACUGAAUAACUGCACCCGGGACCAGAUGUAUUUAAACAACUACGGAGGGCGUUGUGAGCGUAACCCCUGCUCUGUGGACAACAAGGUGUGCUCUCAGGCCCCUAACUCCAUCUCCCACCACUACCUGUCUGUCGUAUCCAACCUGUCAGCACCACGCACCAUGUUCCGUGUGUCGCCCCUCCGCCUCAUGGGCAACACGCUGCGUUUCUCCCUGCUGGGCCGUGGGCAGGCCCGACGUCACUUCACAGUGCAGCGGUCGGACCGCCAGACAGGCCAGCUGGUGCUGGGGAGCCCGGUGCAAGGACCUGCUACACUGGAGGCAGAGGUGGAGAUGACCGAGCUGGAGAAAGGGGUCCAGCUGGGGCGGUACAUCACCAAGAUCACCAUGUUCAUCUCCCAGUACGAGUUCUAGAGGGAGAGAGAAAGGGAGGGGUGUGAGUUGAGGGAGGCCAGCUGGAGUUGGAUGGAGAAUGGAGGGAAGAAAGUGGAUAUGGGGGGUGGGUAUGGAGAGGAUUUCAAAGAGACAAUAGUUUAGAUAAGAGUUUGGACGAAGGGCCGUUGGCAGAGGGGUGCGUGAAAGGGUACUGUGGUAAGAGUUUUGGAGUGGGGCAGUGGCUAGGGGGCUGGGAGGGGGGUAGAGAGGGUUGAGGCACUAAGUCCUAAGGAUCAAAGAGGGACUAAAAGGAGGGGAAGAGGGAGUCUAAGUUGAGUCGAGACAUACAGGUAUGGCAGGAACGGAUGCAUUUGGUAGAGUUGUAUCAAUUCUAAUGACAGUAAGGGAAGGGUUCAGUUAAGGUUUAGGGGUGUGCAAAAUUAGGGAUGGGGACAAGGGGUCAAAGACAUGAAAAUUUGAAAAUGGCCACUUGUGGUGGAGAUUGAAUGUUUCCUCACUGUAGCAGAGAGAGUGAGAGAGAGCUGGGCUUGUAAAUACGAGCUCCUUAACUGGUUUUAUUGUUUUACAUCCAACAUAUGACAAUCAAUAUCUGUAAAAUGAGAAGACAUGAAGCUACACAUUGACAAUCCUUUAUUUCCUGGUCUUGUGUUAAACUUAUUUUGAUACACAGUUGAAGU